UUAAUCAUUGGCACCUGGCGAUUACACAUUUCAAAAAUCAAUCUUUUGUCGAAAAGGCUUCCAAACAUGAAGUCAAUUAUUGCCUGGAUUGUAGCAUCGAUUACUGCCCAAUGGGGCGGAGAAGAUUGCGCAGUAUCAACAGGAGCCUUUGGAAAAUUCGCCUAUAAAUACUAUGCAGUUGGAUCUUCCAGCGAUCCCUGUGCGACAUCUUCUCAGCUUGGACGUAUUGAAGAAUCCCUCUAUCACUCGAUUCAGAAACUGGACCUCGACACAUUACCUGACUCCACAUGCAUGCCUGUUGAUUUUGAUGGCCAGUGGAACAAUGGCGCAUGGAAGGGCUAUCUGCUCUAUGGUCCACUGGGCAAGGUGCAACUGGACGAGUACUGCGGGCCAUCGCUCAAGCCCGAGCUCAAGCUUACGUCGACCAACUCGAUCAAAGAACUUUAGGACAUGACUUUGAACCUCGAAAAAGACCUUGAGCGUCGCGUCUAUUGAGGCUCUACAUUGCUACAAUGGCCGAGUACCGAUGAGUCAUAUAAGUCUUCGUCGGAGAGGCUGAGGUCGCAAAUCUGCCAAUAUUUGAGCUUUGGCGACCUUAAAUUCUUCUAUUAUAUAAGCCAGCAUAUCAAUCUCACAGACAACU